AUGUCCUCAGUCUCCAGUACACUCGAUCAGCUCUUCGCAACUUCCGAGCGACUUCGACCAUCCCUUUCUUCUAUAUCUCAGAGGCAUGGGGCGCUUGAUGUGUUAUUGAUCUCCCUCUCCACAUUGGCUCUGCUACACCUAGCCCGUACCACACGGCGUCAGUGGAACGCGACGCGUCUUCGCGGCCCCCCAAGCACGAGUUUUCUCACGGGCGUUGGGGAGGUACUUUUCGAAGCAUCUGACGCAAGCAUACUGUAUGAAGAAUGGGCGAACACUUUGGGCCCUGCCUUCUCUGUGUCAGUGGGUCUCGGACGCUCAAGAGUGGUCCUCUGCGAUCCGAGGGCGGCAGCACACGUGUAUGCGCGCGAUUCGACGGUUUAUCGCAGAUCACAGCAAAUGCGGGAUGCGAUCGCUAACAUUGGUGGGCACAACUUGUUAUGGGCGGAAGGCGACGAUCACAAGAGACAUCGACGGGCGAUGAUUCCAGCGUUCAGCAAUGCUGCCAUCCGUCAACUAACUCCGGUGUUUAUUGAUGGCGCAUAUAAGGUUAAAGAAGCUUGGGAGGGCUUGAUUAACGAGAGUGCAACUACGGGGAGUGUAGAGAUAGAUGUGCAUGCCUGGAUGAGCCAUCUCUCUCUUGAUUCAGUCGGUAUCGCCGGUUUCUCCCAUGACUUUGCCACCCUCGCGGGCGCUCAACCGCCGGUGGCUACAAUUUUCGACUCGAUCCAGGCUCGCGCGCCAGAGCUGAGUAAGAACAAGCGACACAUCCUAGGUCUCGUCAUUCCUUGGCUUUCUCUGCUCCCCAAGAAGCAUAGGGCUAUGGUGGGCGAUCUAAAUAAGGCCCUCGAAGAUGCUGCAAAGUCGUUCCUUGAGCGGGCACAUCAGGGAAGUGCAGGAAUAGUCGGCAUUACGAGGUCUGAAGCUUUGGGCAAGGGUGAAGAAAUGUACAUGUCGACAGAUGAGGUUCUGUCUCAGAUGAAGCUACUGAUCCUCGCUGGCCAUAGGACUACUUCGGGCGCAUUAACGAGGAUCUUAAACUACCUCGCCCAGCACCCGGAAGCCCAGAGUAAACUCCGAGAUUCCCUUCCGGAAUUCGCAAGCUCGGACCCAUCGUAUGAGCAGCUCAUCAACGAUCUCCCCUACCUGGAUGCGGUCAUCACCGAGUGCCUGCGUCUUCAGGUCUCCGCGAGCGCCGCCGACUUUAUUCGAAUCGCAGACGAAGAUGACGUCAUUCCUCUCAGCCAACCCAUCUAUGAUGCUUCCGGAAAUCUUCUAACCAGCAUCGCCGUGUCCAAAAGCACGAUCGUAUCCGUCCCCGUCUGUUACAUGAACCGCGCAUCUUCGAUCUGGGGCCCCGAUUCGCGCGAAUUCCGUCCAGAGAGAUGGCUAGACGAAGAUGGGUUGCCGUCCAAAGCACGGGAGAUCCAAGGACAUCGGCAUAUACUCAGCUUUUCUGAUGGCCAGAGAGCGUGUCUCGGAAAGGCGUUUGCGCUGGCGGAGAUGAAGGCUGUUCUGUACGUGCUGAUCAGGUACUUCAUCGUCGAGAUCAAGGGAGGCGAUGAUACCCUUAAGGGAACGGAUGGACAACCGCGCCUUCCGCGUGCUGCUGUGAUGGAUGGCUUGGGUAGUACUCUCAGGGUGAAGCAGGCUGAACAAUAG